AUGCUGCCUCGGGACCGGGUUGCCUCAGACACGGCUCGAAGCGGCCGACGUGAAGACAUUUCCACGACCAGCGAUUUGACCGAUCGCCCUGGAAACGCAGCGAUGUUGUAUGCAUUCCGAUGUGGGCAGAGAGGUGGACGGGGAGAUUUGGGUGACCGGUUUGGUAAAGAAUGUAUAUGGAAGAUAAAGUGGGAGCGUGAAAUCAGUGGAAAUAGAGUUUCCUUACCCACCCCUUGCCCCACCUUAGAGGCCGGCUAUGAUGGGGCUACAGGAGAGCCGCCAGCAGAAUGA